AUGGCUUCCACGGAACCUUCCAACAACACCGAAACCGAGGAAGAGACGACUGCAUUCCACAGAAAAAGGGCACGCCGCGUCAGCUUCGCCGACAACGAAAUCACCUCCGUCCAUAUCUUCCGUCCCGAUGACGACCACUCCACCUCCUCUUCCGACAUCCCUCCCGUAAAUCUAGGUCUCUUCCGCGAACUCGGUGGAGUAGACAGCGACGACGAAGACGCCGAAGGCAACCGAAACCCCACUGACGACGCCGCUGAAGCCGUCGAUCACAGAAACUCUUUCCUGCAACCAAUCGGCUCUCCCUCUCCCGGCGGCAGCAGCACUAACCUCGACGAUGACGAUACUGAUGAUGACGAAUUUCGGGGUCCCGUGUCUACUGAUUUCAUCAAACCGGGACGGUUAUCAGACUCGGGUGUUUCAGACGACAUUACUAUGGAUUCUACAGCCUUUUCCAUGCAUUACAGGAGUCUCGCCCGUUCCGAUUCCGGGGAUCUCAAGACGCCGACUAGGUUUGACGCAACCAUGUCCACACCUGUUCAAAACAGCCACACUUCUGGUAGUUACAUGGAAAUCACUGACGGUAAAAAGAAAGCACCUCAGUCUCCAGUAUUGAGGAGUGGCAGUGGGGACUCGGAUUACAUGAGCAUAGUGGGAAAAUCAGAAACUUAUGAUUAUGCAAGACUCUCUCCUGGGUUGGUUGCAAUUUUGGAUUAUGGAAACAAGGAUUUGGAUGUGGGUUCAAAAGCUACGCAUUCACCAAUUGCAAAUGAUACUGGGGUUUUACCCAACUUGGAAUGUUCAGUUAAUUCUCCUGCUCAUCAAAUCACUCAUGAUACUGCAGUUGCUUCUACUUCUGAGUCUUCAACCAAGAACACUAAGGAGUUUGUCAAUGAUGCAACUCCGUUAACUUGUAAACAAUUGGACUCUGCUAAGGCUAAUAGAGGAACCCCACCAAAGAUGGAUGAAGGUGAUAAGUUCGAUUUGGCUGCCAAGUAUGAACAAGUUUUUUCCGAAGUCCAAGUAAAUGAUAGUAAUUCUAAAGACAGGGGACAAGGAACUGACACUAAUCAUAAGUCAGAUCAAGUUACUGGAAGUCAUCCUGAGUUUGCACCAUUGUCACAUUCUGCAAAUAAACUAGUAUUUAUGGGUUCUCCUGAUCGUACUGGAAAUAUAACUCCCCCCUUAGAGGAAUCUGGUCUGCCUGUGCCUGAGGUACGUGUCGCAAAUAGUGCAACUUUGUCGUCCAGACUUAAAAGUAUUUCAAAUUUGAAUCCUGAGAUUACUCCCAACACAUCUACUCUCAAAGAAGGAAGUGACAAAUUGAAACACGGGUUUUCAAAAGACAGGGGACAAGGAUCUGACGCUAAUCAUAAGUCUGAUCACGUUAUUGGAAGUCAUACUGUACACGAGUUUACACCAUUGUCACAUUCUGCUAAUAAACCAGUAUAUAUGGGUUCUCCUGAUUCAUUCAGAUGUACUGGAAAUAUAACUCCCCCCUUAGAGAAAUGUGGUUUGCCUCUGCUCGAUGUACAUGUCGCAAAUAGUGUGACUUUGUCGUCCAUACGUAAAAGCAUUUCAAAGUUGAAAACUCCUAAGACUACUCCCAACACAUCUACUCUCAAAGAAGGAAUUGACAAAUUGAAACACAGGUUUUCAAAUUACUCUCCAGGGACUUCUUUCUUUACUGAAAGAGAUUUUGAAAACAAGCAGGUUGGAACUCUUACUGCUCCUUUGGAAGAACAGCCAUUUAGUUUCACUUUGGAGAAUAACAUGCAUAAAAGUUUGAUCACUACUGAUGAUCAUGUUGUUGAUUCUUUGAUACAUAUUAGCAAGUUGAGCCAAAAUACAGAAACUGUGGCCACCAAAACAGAUGAAGAAACUGUGACCACCAAAAUGAAUGACGACACUGUGGCCACCAAAAAGGAUGGGGAAAAAAAUUGUUUGGUUUCAACCAAUGUUUCUGACAAUGAUAAAAAUCUCAAUCCUGUGGAUACUGGCGCUUCUCCCUUGCUUAAGACUCAUAUAACAAGAGUGGCAGAUUUUGACAUGGCUGAUAGCACAGCUGGAAAAAGAAAAGAUGAAAUUCUAACUGCUACACAUGCCAAACCUUUUUCUUCCCCUGUAAAAUCAUUUGACCAUGCUUUAUCGCCAUUUGUAGAAUGUCAAAGUAAUCGCCAUGCUGAGUUGAAGCAAAUGGAAAUGCAGAAUGAAUGUGUUAAUAGUGGUUUAGGACAAACUAUUGAAUACGACAGACGGGCUGUAGCCAAAAAAUUGGAUUUGUCUGGUGUUGGAAACAGCGAACAGCCUAGCUCACCUUUUGAGGAUGCACAGGGGGCAUUAAAGGGAAAACCGGGCAGGAGUCCUAAAAGAUUUCUAAAUCUAAGCAGCCCUAUUAAAGCAGCAACAACUGUGUUGCCCUCCCUGCAAGAGACUCCCAGUGAUAUCCGUGACCUGUCUCACAGGAUUGAUUCUGAUGGGCAUGGUGUUGAUCUUGAUAACAACCACCAUCCGACACUCCAAGCACCUCAAAGUCUUCAUACCAAAACUGGUAUCGAGGUUUCUUCUGGGGAAAAAAGGGAAGCUUCUGAGAUAUUAAGUAAUGGAGACAAUAGACAAAAAGGAAAGGUUACUUCCUUCAAUGCUAUUCGAGAAGCAACAACUGUGUUGCCCUCCCCGCAAAAGCCUCCCAGUGAUAUCCGAGAUCUGUCUCAGAGGUAUAAUUCUGAUGGGCAUGGUGUUGGUUUUAAUAACAAUCACCAUCCGGCAUUCCAAGUUUCCCAGAGUCCUCUUACGAAAACUGGUAUUGAGGUUUCUUCUGGGAAAAAGAGGAAGGGUGUCAUAUUAAGUGAUGGAGACAAUAUAGAUAAGAUAGGGAGGAUUGACAGAAGUCCAGAGGUUCAUAUGCGUGGGAAUGGAGAUCUACCAUUUGUUUUGGAGCAAACAAGUUAUAUGAGAAGUGAAAGAGAAAAGUUUGGAGAUCAGAAGUGGAAUGAUUGGGACCAAAUUCUACAAAGAUUCUCAACCAGCACAAAACAGUUGCGUUCUCCGUCGUUUGUUAAGCUAAAUUUGAGAUCGAUUGGCAUGCUGGAGGAUGUUUUGGUUAAUCUGCAGAAAGUUAAGAAAUGGGAUAUUCUUUCUUCUGAAAUUCAUUCUCAGAAAUUUGCGGAUCCUCAAAAUACCCGGCACAAAAGAGUUGUGGAAGUGAAAAUGUUGCUUUUUAAUAUUGCAUAUGAGAAGGCCAAGCUACAACUAAUGAAUGUUAAGCGUGACAGAUUACUGAAAAAGGCACAACAGCUGAGUUCUGGGCUUCAAGAGACUCAGAUGAUAAAAAAUUCAAUGCUAUGUUCUGCUAAGAGUGGACCGGUUGACAUUCAAGCUGAUGAUAGUCAUAUCAAUGCAAGACUUUUUAAUUCCCAAGGAAAAUGUCAGGUUUCUUACGAAAAAAGGAUGGAAAUGAGGCAGGAGCUUGAAAGUUUGGACCAGAAAGCAAAGUCUUUAAGUGAAUUCUUUUAUAGUCACUGCAAGAUGGAAGGGGAUCAAAGCUGUACCAACAUCCUCAAAUCUGUUCCUGAUUAUUUGGAAAAGAGAAUGUCUUAUAAGUUGGUUUUCCGGAAAUUGAAGUUGUGGGAUAUUGAAGAUUUUGAGCGUAAGGAUGAUUAUCACCUAAUAACUCUCAACUAUCGUGGAUAUAUCAUCCAAAGGUUCACAGUAAAUGCUGGUCUAUCAAGCAUUAUAGUAUCAAAUAGCUUGAAUGAUGUGAAUAUUGGAAAGACCUAUCCAAAUAUGGAUGCUUUCUCUGCAUUUCUGUUUGCUUUAAAUCCACUUACCACUAGCAAAUGCACAGGUCAAAUCAGUAUGGCUCAAGAAACACAAAUUACGGGUUCACUUCUAAGUAAUUUGCUAGAUGUGGUUGAGGAGGUUCAGUUGGCUCGAAUAGAGAUUGGAAAUUUGGUCCAGGCUAAGUUCAAUUCUCAGUCAGUUCAUCAACUUGAUUUGCAGCUAUCUUUCAUUGACUUCCUUGGUGGGAAGAAGGUGCAAGUGAUUCUCGAUAUGGCAUGCUUAAAAUGCGGCGCCUAUCCUGCAGAGGUUCUUCCAUCUCAAAUAUAUGAUUCUGCAGCUAGUCGGGAGCAAAAUCUUCCUUCGUUGCUUGUCGAUGAAAUAAGAACCGCAGCUGAGAGUGUGGAUGUGGGGUAUUCAAGAAUUAUUAGGCUUUGUAGGUGUAUUUCCCAGGUAGUUCGGGGUUGCACCCGAGGCAUAUAA